AUGUGACGUCCCCUAAAUCUGGCCAAUCGUAAUUUCGCAUUCUUUCCCCAAGUAAAAGGCAUGAACAUCAGGAUCCAUUCAGGAAGAAGCCCAACUGAUUAGCCUAGCCUGCCUGGAUUGUUUUAUAGUGGAAAAAUGGCGUCGGUCAACCCAUUUGAUGUCAGUGAUUCUGAGGAAGAAGCGGAACGACGUCCUAAUGAGACGGUUGACACAGAAAGAAGCCCGAGCGGGGGGGCGCCAGGGCCACCACCAGGCAAUCCUCUCUCUCCGCCUGCAGAUGCCGAGGCUCCGACACUUCUGCUGUCUAGCAACCGGACAAGCCCAAGCGGUGAGGGCAUCUCGGUGUCGGCCGCGGUCACAUCCGCUAUGGCAGGCGGUGCCGAAACGCGGGUGUCUGUGGAUGUAAUUGCUGCUCAGCUGUUACGGGACCAGUACAUUCUUACGGCCCUGGAGUUUCACACUGAACUGUUGGAAACAGGCAGGGAGCUUCCGCGGCUAAGGGAUUAUUUCUCCAACCCUGGCAACUUCGAGCGACAAAGCGGUACUCCACCUGCCAAAGAUCAAGUGCUCGGACCUGGAGGGCCACUGAAUCGGGCGGGGAGUGUUAGCACCUUGGACUCUCUGGACUUUGCACGUUACUCAGAUGACGGCAACCGGGAGUCAGACGAACGGGUGGCAGUGCUGGAGUUUGAGCUACGGAAAGCAAAGGAGACCAUUCAGGCUCUGCGCGCCAACUUGACUCAGGCAGCAGAGAGCGAAGUGGCCUCUCAGGAGAGAAAAAACUUCAAGUCGAGUCCUGAAAUCCAGGAGCCCAUACGCCCUCUAGAGAAAAGAGCCUUAAACUUCCUUGUGAAUGAAUAUUUAUUAAAAAAUGAAUACAAACUUUCGUCCAUCACCUUCUCUGAUGAAAAUGAUGAUCAGGACUUCGAAUUGUGGGAUGAUGUUGGCCUCAACAUCCCAAAACCCCCGGACCUGUUGCUGCUGUACAGGAACGGUGGCAGCCCGCUGUCCUCACCAAGAGACAAGGCCGAUGCAUCCGUUGGGGUGGCUUUUGGUGAUCUUCCAGGAAACUGCAUUGCUCGAGAGCCCCUAAAGAAGCCUGACCUGUCACAACGGCAACAGUCAGAAGUUGUGCAAGAACUGGAGUACCAGCUCAACCUCCUGAACAGUGAGAAGCAGAGUCUUGCUGAGCAGAUCAAGAAAAUGCAGAGUGAGAUUCAGACCCUGAAAAAGAGCAUCUCCUCUCCACCUCCAGGCGCUCUGGAGCUGUGCUCCCAGAAUUCACCAAACCUCUCCUCCUCUAUCUCCUCAAAGGAUUGCUCCACUAAUCCUCCUUCUGUGCCUUCUUUAGAUAAUGGUCAGUAUCUAGACAUCCGAGGGGUGUCAGAGGCUGAAAAUGACCUCGUCUCAGCCUCCACUCAGAACACAUCGCAGCCUCGACAACAGACGUGCAACAAAGUUAUGGGUCAACCACGUGCCCAAUUUGAUCAGCCGAACAGGAAGUUAUCCCCGGCCUUCCAGCAAGCCUUGCUGUCCUUCUGCAGAAUGUCCUCUGACAGCCGACUUGGAGCAGAGGUGUCUCGCAUAGCAGACAGCGAGGAAAGCGUGAUGCUGAUGCUGGGCCGCUGUCUCCCUCACAUUGUUCCCAACGUCCUCCUCGCUAAACGAGAGAGAAUGGUUUCACAUCUUUGCCAGGAGCUGAUCCCACUCAUAUUGUGCACUGCAUGUCUUCACCCGGAACCUAAAGAGAGGGACCAGCUCCUCCACAUCCUCUUUAACCUGAUCAAGCGACCGGAUGAUGAGCAGAGACAGAUGAUCCUGACGGGCUGUGUUGCAUUUGCAAGACAUGUUGGUCCCACUCGGGUCGAAGCCGAGCUACUUCCUCAGUGUUGGGAGCAGAUUAACCACAAAUAUCCUGAGAGACGAUUGUUGGUGGCUGAAGCCUGUGGAGCCUUAGCACCUUAUCUGCCUAAGGAGAUUCGCAGUUCCCUGGUGUUGUCUAUGCUGCAGCAGAUGCUUGCUGAGGACAAGGCUGACAUGGUCAGAGAGGCUGUUGUCAAAAGCCUGGGUAUUAUUAUGGGUUACAUCGAUGACUCUGACAAAUACGCCCAGGGAUUUGAGUUAAUGCUGCUCUCCCUUGGGGACCCAUCAGAGCGGGUGGUCAAUGCAGUCCACCAGGUCUUCAUCCCUGCCUUUUCUGCCUGGACCACAGAACUGGGCACCCUGCACACUGCACUCAUACCUUCCCUGCUGUCUCGUAUAGAGAAACUGCUUACACAGGGAGAACAUGGUCUGGAUGAACACAAACUGCAUGUUUUUCUGUCAGCUCUUCAGUCCCUUAUUCCACCUCUGUUUGCAGUGGUGCUGCAGAACGCACCCUUCACCAGCAGAGUCAAACUCCACGAGGACAUACCUGCAAUAGAAGUGACCCGGUUCCCAAGGCCAGCCUCUCCUCUCCAGGACAUGGCUAUCAUAAUUGGAAGCAGAGAGCUACUUAGCUCCUUGCUGCUCCUCUAUGACCACCAGCUAGAGCAUGAGGGAACCACUGGCUGGGAAAGCUUGUUGUGGGUGGUCAACCAGCUCCUUCCUCAACUCAUAGAGAUUGUGGGUCGCAUCAACGUGACUUCAUCAACCUGUGUUCACGAGUUCUCUCGUUUUUUCUGGAGGUUCUGUCGCACGUUUGGCAAGAUCUUCACUAACACUAAGGUGAAACCACAGUUCCAGGAGAUUCUCAGACUAUCUGAAGAGAAUGUUGAUGCCUCAGCAGGAAACGGCAUUCUGACCAAAGCCACAGUCCCAAUCUAUGCCACUGGGGUUCUGACUUGUUACAAUCAGGAGGAAGAUCGCAAGCUGUUGGUGGGGUUCCUGGAGGACGUUAUGACGACCCUGUCUCUUUCUCAUGCUCCUCUUGACAGCUUGAAGGCCUCCUUCGUGGAACUGGGUGCCAACCCAGUGUAUCAUGAACUGCUGCUGACUGUCCUGUGGUACGGGGUGGUCCAUACGUCUGCUCUGGUCCGGUGUACAGCAGCACGAAUGUUUGAGCUGCUGGUGAAGGGGGUGAAUGAGACGCUGGUAGCUCAGAGAGUGGUGCCGGCUCUCAUCACACUGUCUUCCGACCCCGAAAUAUCAGUCAGGAUUGCCACUAUUCCUGCCUUUGGCACCAUUAUGGAGACUGUCACACAGAAAGAGCUACUAGAGCGUGUGAAAAUGCAGCUGGCAUCAUUUCUCGAAGACCCUCAGUACCAGGAUCAGCACUCUUUGCACAUAGAGAUCAUCAGGACGUUUGGAAGGGUCGGACCUAAUGCAGAGCCGCGCUUCAGAGAUGACUUUGUUCUCCCGCACCUUCAUAAGCUCGCAUUAGCCAACAACAGUCAGUCGGCGGAAAGCAAGAGGAUCGACAUCGCCAUCCACCUGUUCGAGGCCUACAGUGCCCUCUCCUGCUGCUUCAUUUCUGAGGAGGUUAUGGUCAACCAUUUCCUGCCGGGCCUCAGGUGUCUGCACGCUGACAUGGAGCAACUGUCUCCGGAGCAUGAGGUGAUUCUAGGUUCUAUGAUCAAAGAGUGUGAAAUAAAGGUGGAAAACAGAGGAAUUACUGACGCACAAGGAUCCAUUUCUAUCGCAUCCAGUUUGGUGGGUGAAGAUGCCAAGACCAAGUUUCUGAGCAAGAUGGGUCAGCUAACUACUUCUGGAGCCAUGCUGGCCAAUGUCUUCCAGAGAAAGAAGUAACUGACUGGCGCCCGAUGAGCUACGGCGAUAAACUGACGAGUCCCCUGUUGUCCUAGGGAGCAUUUUGUUUUAGUGAAAAAAGCUCUGGUUCUGCCCAAAGUACUAACACAGUUGUGUUGUUCAAUCAAAUGAAUGAUGAGACUUGAAAACAAUACUGCAGAGAUAAGAACUAUUGUUUUGAGGCAAGGGGGGGGGGGGGGGUGCCGGUGAAGAUUUUCCAUUUUCUUUUUUUUUCUACUUUUCCUUCUAGUUCCUUAUCAUGACACAAGCAAUGUCAAAAAAUGGGGACCCAGCUUUAUUUGUCAGUGUUAACAUUUUCAUUUCAGAAAAAGAGGCAGCGGAGAAAAAAAAAAACCAACACUAUAGAUAUGAACGCAAAGUGAUGAUGAGGAACUUGUUACCUUGACAUUUCUGGACUUGAAACUAUCACAGAAUUGGAUUGGAUUUAAACUUUUAGAGGUCAUCCAGUCCGGGAAACAUGGCUCUGAGCUUCUCCUUCAGGUUUUCAAGAAAAACUUUAAAGGGCGCCGUUUUGGGGUGAAAGGUCUCUUUAAAAAAAGGUGUGUUAACUUGAAUUAUUUGGGAAACAGUUCGAACUACAAGGCUGAGCAUCUGUUUAAAAUGACUUGUACAGUGUGUCUGUACUUCUUAGGAGUCUUGCCUACUUGAAACUAUAAUUAUUGUCUUGCCUUUAUUUGUUUAAAGUCUGUGUUCGACAGCCUCCUAUUUUAUCAUUUCUUAUUUAUGUCUUAAUGAAGGAAAAAGUGAACUUUAUUCCAACUUCCAAAGAAAUUUGCACUUCACUUAACUUUUUUGUUCUUUAUAAUGCAUUUUGUUUUUAAUGCAGAUUCUUAUACAUAAUAAAUAUCACUACUUAUUUUUUCCCUCAUUCAUCCUGACAAUGUAACGUUGAAGCAAACACUGGUCUUAAUUUUACGUUCUCUGGCCGUUCCACCUCGUCUAUGUCUUGCCGUGUCUCUGAUUGUACUUUUUUUUUUGAAUGUUAUUGGGUUUUAAUGUCUAUUUUGGAGAGGCUCAAAGAGAAACAGCAAAUAUCUGUAUCAUACACUGACUUGAGGAGGAUGGUACUCUAUGUAUAUUUGAAAUGUGUGUCACGAUGUAAUAAACGAUGGAUUGGUUGUGUACUUUAAGGUAA